GGUGUGCAAGUUAAAGGCGGUUGGGGUGCUGUAGGUACGGUUGUUGACGAAGGCUGAAUUCAGCGGUUUUUCAAAUAGUUUUUAAUGACAAUCAGGGAUAAAUAAAAACAAUGAUAAUCAAGUAAAUAAGUUACAAGCAACAGAAAUAGAGAAAUCGUCAACGGUGGAGUGGAUCUAGACUAAUAUCUAGAGAGGAUAUAUUGAUACAUAUACAUAUAUACAUGUAGUACGACUCCAAAAUCAUGUCAAAACAUUUUAUGACUGUCUGUGUUGUCUGUGUUUUAUGUGCAGCUCAUACACCAUGUUCAGCUCAUAUAUCUAAAUCCUCUUCUACAACAACAACAUCAACUAAGCACCAACUGUUAACAUUGACAGCUUCAGAUAAUGAUGAUAAUAAUAUUAAAUCGGAUACGUUCAUACGAAAAUCAUCGACGAUGAUGAAUAAUCGACAAAAAUCUGUUGAUCCAGCACAUCCUGAUGAAAUGUAUACAAUUAAUUAUUUUUACAAUAAUCACAUAAAUACUGAUGAUAAUUAUCACCGUAUGAAUGAUAAGAAAAAAAUUUUAUGGAAAAGAUUUGCUCAUUUUAAUAAAAUUAAAUUUAAAGAUGAUAACAUUAAUGUUUUUGAAAGUGAUAUAGUAAAUGACGAAAUCAAUUUUUCUAACAGACAUCCUAAGGAGAAUAACCAAUUAAAGAGAUUUGAUCAAGCCCAAAUAAAAUUUCCUGGAAAUAAUAACAAUGACAACAAUAAUAAUUUAAGUAAUCAUCAUCAUCACAAUCAUGAUAAAAAAUACGAUAAUAACAAAAUUGAAACUCAUAGAAGGAAAAGACAUAUUGAUUACGAGGAAAAGUACUUUUUACAAAAAAUAUUUGAUCAUUUUGGUGAUGGCAAGAGUUUAACGAUGGAAGGUUUUGAAACUAUGUUGAAAAAAUUAGGUCUUGUUGAAUUAAUUACAAAUAUUGAAAUAGAUAAGGACAUUCAUGAAACACAUGAAAAUGGUUCACCGGAUGGCGUAAUACAAAAUCCAAAUACUGCUAAAACUAUUUCUACUUCAAAUAGCAAUUACAAACAAAAAUGUAUGACUAAAAAAGAAUUGUUAACGAACAUCUCUCCGAACAUAAAUUUAUCAACGUCGACUAAAAAUGAUACAAUAUUACCUGAAUGGUUAUUCGAAAGACUAUGUCCAGUUUUAAUUUAUCAUCUAUCAAGUAAUUCCAGUUUAGAACGGAAUGGUUGCAUUCUAUCACCUGAUAGUUAUGAAGAUAUCACAAAAAUGAAUGAUGAAUAUUCAUAUUCAGAAAAUACUCGAAAUAUGGUUCAAGUAUGGAUUUAUUCAACUAUAAGUAUAGUCAUUAUAAGUUUAUGUGGUCUGCUCGGUGUUGCUGUGAUUCCAGUAAUGGGAAAAAGUUAUUAUUAUCAAUUAUUACAAUUUCUUGUUGCUCUUGCUAUUGGUACAUUAUGUGGCGAUGCACUUAUUCAUUUAUUACCUCAUGCAAUGAUGAGUCCACAUAGUCAUGAUUUCGAUCAUGAUCAUUUGGACCAUGUUGAAGCUGCUAGUGAAGAAGAUCUUCAUAACUUAAAUAUGUGGAAAGGUGUAGUAGCAAUGAUGGGUUUAAUAUUAUUCUUCUUUACCGAAAAAGCAUUGUCCAUGAUUUCUGAGUGGAGAAAAUAUCGUCAAAGAAAAAAUAAGUUACCAUCAAGAGUAAGAGUAAUGCGAGAAAUAGAAGGCCUAAAAAGUAACAGUGUGGGUGAAAAACUUUGUAAACAUAAAUAUUCAUCUUAUCCUUAUUGCUAUGGAGAAAUAACCACUACAACAGCAAUGAAAGGAACAACCGGUGCUGAAACAGAAGUAGGGGCAGAUAAUAAAAUAGUGAAUUCAUCAGAUCCACAAGAUAAUCAAGAUAAUUCUGAACUGAAUUAUAAUGAUAAAGAACAUUUACCAACUAUUGAAGAAUCUAAACCACUAACAAAUUCAAAUUGUUGUAAUCCAGUUACUAAAUUGAUUAAAAAUGAUUUGGAUUUAAAUGUAAAUAACCAUGACAGUUGGACUAUUGAUGAUAAUGUUCAUAGCAAUAGGAAAAAUAAUGACAAUCUCGAUAUUACUCAAGAUGAUCGUGAAAGCUAUACUGUUAUUAUCCGUGAACAUGAAAAUAAACAUCAUGGACACACCCAUUCUCAUGGUCACGUACAUGCUGCCCCUGAAACAAUGUCAAGUGUUGCAUGGAUGGUGAUUAUGGGUGACGGCUUACAUAAUUUUACAGACGGUAUGGCUAUUGGUGCUGCAUUUGCUGCUAACAUUGCCGGAGGAUUUUCUACAGCAAUAGCUGUAUUUUGUCAUGAAUUACCUCAUGAAUUAGGAGAUUUUGCGGUAUUACUUAAAGCAGGAAUGAGUGCUAAGCAGGCAGUAUUUUAUAAUUUAUUAUCAUCGGUGCUCUGUUUAUUUGGAAUGAUUUUUGGUGUGUUAUUGGGUACUACUCCAGCAACUACAAGUUGGGUAUUUGCCGCCGCUGCUGGAAUGUUUAUUUAUAUUGCACUUGUUGACAUGAUACCAGAAUUAUCAUCUGGGCAUGCAGAAGAGAGCGGUUCGCAUUGGCAAUGUGUUCUCCAAGCCCUCGGCCUCAUUACUGGUUUAGGCAUUAUGUUAAUUAUUGCUCUAUACGAGCAUGACUUAAAGCAUAUUUUUACUAAUUAAGAUAUUAUUUAAAAUUUAAUUUUUGAUUAUUUGAUAUAAAAUACUGAAACAUAACAACCAUGUUUAAACUAUUAGUAAUAAUGAUAAUAGUUAUAAUACAUAUUAUAAUUAAAAAAAGGAAUUGCAUGGCUUAGUAAUAGUUAAUACAGAUCAAUUAAACAAAAAAUAUUAUUUUUAAAGUGUACAGAAAUUUAUAACGUCAAAAAUUACAAAUUUAUAAGUAGCAUUAAGUAACUGGCAGGUAAUUCCUUUUAGAUUAAGAUGAAUAACGAUAAAAACUGUUUCAAUCAUUGUAAAGAGUUUUCGGUUCAUUAAAUUUUGUACUUCGUCAUGUCGAUAUUUCAUCAAUUAACGAACUCUAAAAAAUUAUGAUACUUUAUAAAAUGCAUAAUAGUAAUUGUUUCAUAAUCUUUAAGAUAAUGGAAAACAGUUUGCAAUUAGAUUACAAAUGAUUUAAUCUUAUUAUCAAUAGAUUAAAUAGGAUAGAAAAUAAAUCUAAACAUGAAGAAAGUUUACUCUAAUAAUUGUAUUUAAAUUUUUGGUGCUUAAAUGUCGAUUUGAUAGAAAUGAAGUUCAAUAGUGUUAUACAAUAAAUAAUGAUAGACCAUAAAAGUAUUUUUUAUUUUUUUUAUUCUAUUAAUGCAAGUUUAAAGACGUGAAUAUUUGCCUAUAAUUAU